GCUCGUUGUGUCCAUUACACUCGUUUCUUCGAACAGGUACUUGCGGCGGCGCCAUUUGCUGUCGUACUCGUCAUCCGGCUAGCGCCCGGGAAGUCACUCACCACUGGGCCAACCAGAUCCACGCUUCUCCUGCCUCGACUUGCCACACCCACCCACCCACCGCUACCACCUACCAUCUACCAUCUACCACCACCUACCACCACCUACCACUCGCUGUCAUCGUCGGCUUCCUCACGUCUCUCGCUUCGAUUGCCUCUCUUGCAGCACUCACCACUCCGCCCCGGCCUCCACCUCGCAGGAGCGCACGGUUGAUCAUCAUCGUCGCCAUCACCACCGAUCUCCUCGACGUCGGUCGCCUGACGGCGCCCACACUCGCUCAUCCCCCCCGGGGCAUUCCCGCGCAGAUAUCGAGACUGCGACACUCCACAGUCCCAUACACCCACCGACCCCUCACAGCACCACCGCCAGCAUGAGGCCGUCAUUAGCAUCGUUAUUCACCGGCCUGCUGGCCCUCACGCCCGCCGCAUAUGCCACCAACGAGCGUAUGCUGACGAGUACUUCCCUGAACCCUUGCCAGGCCGACAGCAAGUUUAGCGCCACACUCUUCGAUGUCAUCUUCACCCCUCAGAACCGCAGUCUGGCCUUUGACGUUGUCGGUGUCAGCAGUAUCGUUGGUAACGUCACGAUCGAACUGCUGGUUCUGGCAUAUGGUCUGCAGGUGUACAAGACGACAAUUAAUCCUUGCGACUCCGACCUGCAAGGUCUAUGUCCCAUGAACGCUGGACAGAUCACACUGAAUAGUAACGCGGAGAUUCCUGCGAGCGCAUUGAAACAAGUUCCUGGCAUCACAUAUACCGUGCCUGAUCUGGAUGCUCGAGUGCAGGUGUACUUCAACCAGACAGACACAGCCUCGUCUGCAGCUUGCGUCGAGGCAGAACUCUCAAACGGAAAGACGGUGGAUCAGAAAGGCGUAGCAUGGACAGUGGCGGUCCUGGCUGGUUUGGCGCUUGUUGCCUCUGCCAUUACUUCCGGACUAGGCCACUCCAACACCGCUGCGCACGUCGCCGCGAACGCCAUGGCACUAUUUGGAUAUUUUCAAGCCCAGGCCUUUAUCGGCAUGUCCGCCGUCUCUCUGCCGCCCAUUGUCGCUUCAUGGACCCAAAACUUUCAGUGGAGCAUGGGUAUCAUCUCGGUCGGCUUUGUGCAAACUUUGGCCACCUGGUACCAGCGUGCGACCGGCGGCACUGCCUCCACGGUCUUGUCGAAUCUGAGCUCUGUCUCUGUGCGCGUUGAGAAGCGUAGCUUACAGGAGUAUGCUCAGCUUGCCUCGCGCGCCGCCACGCAAUUGCACAACUCAAUCCUCAAGCGCUCCAACGCUGAUUCUGCCUUCACGGACACGUCCACUACUGUCACUGUUAGGGGCAUUCAGCGUGUUGGCUUUCGUGCGGGUAUCGAGUCUACCAACAUUUUCAUGACAGGCUAUGUCUUCUUCCUCGCCUUCGUCAUCUUCGUGGUUCUUGGAGUCUGCAUUUUCAAAGGAGUCUGCGAGUUGCUGGUCCGAGGAGGCCGCAUGAAGGGUGAGAAGUUCCAGGAUUUCCGAAAUGGCUGGACCACUGUUCUGAAGGGUAUCUUGUUCCGUAUCGUGCUCAUCGGAUACCCACAGAUGGUCGUGCUCUGCUUCUGGGAAUUCACCCAAAAGGACUCGGCAGCCAUUGUUGUCCUGGCCGUCUUCACAAUUUUCAGCAUGCUUGCCAUUCUCGGCUGGGCAUCUAGCAAGGUUAUCCGUCUGGCUCGCCGUAGCAUUGCGAUGCACAAAAACCCUGCCUACAUCCUCUACUCGGAUCCAGUCUCGCUGAACAAAUGGGGCUUCCUAUACGUUCAGUUCAAGGCCACCGCAUACUUCUUCAUUGUGCCAUUCCUGGCGUACAUCCUGAUCAAGGGUCUCUUCAUUGCUCUCGUGCAAAGCAAUGGUGCCGUCCAGGCAGUUGCUCUUGUCAUCAUCGAGGCCUUCUGGCUCAUUAUCGUCUGUGUUCUUCGUCCAUACAUGGACAAGAAGACCAAUGCUUUCAACAUCGCAAUCUGUGUCAUCAACUUCUUGAGCGCUAUCUUCCUGCUCGUCUUCUCUGACGUAUUCGGACAGCCAGGUAUCGUUACCGGUGUCAUGGGUGUCAUCUUCUUUGUCUACAAUGCCGCCUUCUCCCUGAUCCUGUUGGUUAUUGUACUAGUUGCUUCGAUUAUCGCAAUCACUGCCAAGAACCCAGACACACGCUAUCAGCCAAUGCGUGACGAUCGUGGCAGCUUCAUCAAGUCGCAGACCGCGAUCAACACCGAGCUCGAUGCACUCGGCGCUACUGCUCGGGGAGAGGACAAGCACGGCUACACCAGCAAGAGCGGAGUCCGCAUCGAGGACGACGACGACAGCUCGUCUGGCGGUAGCGCUAGCCGGAAAGAAGGCGAGGCCGGUGGCUACGGCUACGCACAGCCUCCUCGCAGCCCAAUUGCCCCGACCUACACUACCAGUAACAACAACAGUGCGAGGCAUUUGCCACCCUACGAUCGCAGUGCAACUGCCAGCCCAUACAGUGGGCAGCAGAUUAAUCGCUCCCAAGGCAGCGCCAGUCCCAGUCCGUGGCAUCGCGGCGCCGGAUACGAUUGAUAGACUGCCAUUUCGACCGCCUCUGUUCCGGGCACCCACUUCGGCGGAGACCGUAGAGACGGCGAUUUUAACGAUACCUGAUUUUGCGAAAGACCAGCCCCCAACCUAUUUGCAUCACUGGUCACAGGAGCAGAGAGCCUCGAUCGAUACCGUGGAUAAAGUCAUGGAUUUGUAUUACAGAACAUGAUUCUUCCCACGGAUGAAGAGGCAUGCUGGAUUUCUACGACUGCGUCAAGGCGAGAUCAGGUAAUGACGAAUAUCUCAUUGGUUGUCAAUUUUGUACAUAGUUGGAAGGCACAGCGGAGUCAUACUGUACUGCACUAGGAGGUCGAUAGAUGCGACAAACGAUCAGCAUUCGGAACCGUUGGGGAAAAGUCGAAUGAGGAUUUUCUACUCCUUUUUGACCAUUACGGCGGCGUUGUCCUUGGGGAUCUGCAAAACGAACCUUGGAAUGGGCAGGGUUCUGUGGCACUCUUUUACACCAGUACGGCAUGGAAUUGCAAGAGGAUUGACUGGUUGGCGUUUGUAAUGUCGUGCUCUUUGCUUCACGAGGCAAAAAGUACAAUCGUGCGAGGAAAUUCCAUAAGCUCUAGUUGGACGAAGAAAAAAAAAUGUGUAAAUCUAUUUGUGAGAGUCACGACAAGUUAAAAGAUGCAUCUCCUCCUAUACCACGAACGAACAUGUCGCAACAUGAUGUUUUUGGCUGGAGAAUCGAGAUCAGUGCUGCAAAGGUUACGGGAGACCAAUCGGUGGACGGUGAAGUACAGUACAGUACAGCAAUUCCAUGAUCUCCUGUGUUCGUCCUACUCGCUGUCGCUGUCGCUCUCGUCCGCUUCGCUACCUACCAUGCAUGCGAAUAUAGUCGAAACCCCUCCUCGCGUGUCCCUUUUGCCUUGUUUUUCCCGUCCUUUUUUUCUUGCUUUUCUUUCCUUUCCUUUUUCUUUCAAUUUGGGUGCGACACCUCACUCACUCACUGUCGGGUCAUGAAUGUCUUUCCGCUUUGCCAAAUUUCUUGUCCAAGACAUCCGAGUCGAAAAGGGGAGGCAGCGUGGGCGUAACAGCUUUCGUCUUUGAUGGAGUUGUGCGGCGUUUCUUCUUCGAUGCUGGCGAGGAGGCGGAGGCAUCACUACUGCUCCUGCUAUCAUCUUCGGAAUUGUCGUUGGUGCCGUCGUCGGAGCUGUCGUCGGAAGCGGAAUCUGAGGAAUCUGAGGAGGACGAAGAAUCUGAGGAUGAGGAGACAUCUGUUCGCGAUUUCCGGUUGCGUUUGCGCUUUGGUUCUGGCUUGUUGUUGUUGUUGUCGUUGUUGUUGGUGAGGUGGAUUUCUCGGGUGGUGACCUGUCCUCCUUCGAUUCUUUGAGUCUCGAUGACUCUUGUGGCCCGCGGAAUUGUUGUUGAUGAUGUUGAGGUGGAGGGUGUCGUGGCGGAGACAUUUGUCGUCGAGCCUGUGGUUGCGGCUGCUGACGUGCUUGCCUCUUCUGGCCAAAGUUCACCUUGUAGUGCCUUUGAGAGCAUCUCUUCUGCUCGCUUGCCUUUCUCGUGCUCACGCAAGAUCUCUUUGAGUUGUUGGUCGCCGUACUCGGUUCUGCCGGCUCCAGACUGCUCAUAUCGAUCGAUGGAGGCUUGAAGCGCCUCGUAAUACGCCGCACGCCGAGCUUCGGGUGUGUCCAGCGACAUCAGAUCGCUGUUGUCGUUCUCACGGACCCAGAUUGCCUUCAGAACGUCUUCCGCCUGCUCAGCUAUGCGUCGCCGCGCCUGGCCUUGCGUACUGGAGACGUACUGGACGAGGGCGGGGUUGUAUCUCGAGGGUAUGCGGUCGAUGUCGAAAAGAUUCCGGAACAGAUCGGCCUGACGAUUCUUGUUGAACUUCCAGUUGGUUUUGUCCUGGGAGAAUUGUUCAAGGUACUUGACGUAGCUGGGUACUUCUUCGCUACUAGGUUUGAUAUCUUCAUCGGAUUUGAACUCUUCGACACGAGCAGCGGGGGAUGCUUUGACCCGCUUCUUCUUCUUUUCCUUCUUCGCUUUGGGCUCCUUGGACACUUCCGAUACUGAUGCUGGCGGCUCUGUAGAGACUCUUGUGACAGCCUCGGCGCGGUCUUCUUCAGCUUCCCAGGCUUGAAUCAGAGAUUGCGCCGAGAACGUGUCCUCCUGCUUUGUUUCAGGAGUGAACGAGACCGAUUUUCGGAUCGAUCCUGGCCGGGUUUGCUUCGGAGGUGACGGUACACUUGGAAGAGGGUGAGAAAUGUCCUCCUCCUCGUCGUCGCCAAAUACUAUGCGCUUCGCUACCUGUCCAGGAGCUUUGAAGACACCAGUCGGUGCUGGUAGACUCGAGCGUUCUUCGUCAUUCCAGACCUGCUGGCCAGCAGUACGGGUUUUCGGGGCACUUCCUGGGAAAGGUUUGGAUUUCGACUGGCUCACUGGCUUCGCAAGUUCCACUUUAGCACGCUUAACUGGAAUUUCCGCUUGUUGGCUUUCUAAGUUGCGCUUCUGCGGCUUGAAAAAUGCUUCCCGCUCGGCAUGAAUUGAUGGAAUAUUUGCUGGAGUAUGGGUC